AUGCCAGCGUUAGAAGAGUUAACAAUUGGCUGGAUUUGCGCCCUGAGCACUGAGUACGUCGCCGCGAGAGCACUACUGGAUGAGGCCUACGAAGAUAGUGAAGAUCGCGCACCGGGCGAUGAUAAUGACUACACCCUGGGGAGGAUCAAGAACCAUAACGUCGUCGUCGCUGUCAUGCCUGAUGGCGAAUACGGCAUUGCUUCGGCAGCAGGCGUUGCCAAAGACAUGUGCAGAACCUUCACCAACCUGAAAGUCCAUCUUAUGGUCGGUAUAGGGGGCGGUGCUCCCAGUAAAAAACAUGACAUCCGUCUAGGCGAUGUCGUGGUCAGCACGCCACGCGAUGGCAACGGUGGAGUGUUCCAAUAUGAUUUUGGAAAAACCAUGCAGGAUUGA